CACAAGACAAGGAAAGAUAAGAGUAGUAGGAGGAGAUCCGAUCCAACUGAGAUCUCCUUCCUUCUGCUCUGGUUAACAACAACUGAAUUAAACCGCAGUUAACUGAUUCGGGUUAGAUGCAAAUCUUCUCCUUCUUCUUCUUCUUCUUCAUCUUCUUUCACAGGUCCACCACGCUCCUCAAGUUUACUUUGGUCCAAAAUCUCGCUACAAUUUCUUGGUCCCUCCAUUUGAUGUUCCCUUUCAUCGGUACAAGAACAUUCCACGAUACGAUACAGGCAGGAAGCCUACCUGCUCUGCCCCUUCAGGCAAGGAAAAGGAAUAUAAAAGAAAAAUCUGAGAAUGGAACACGCCUAGAAUUGCAGAGUGAGAAAAACAGUAGAAUGAAGAAGGUUUAUGUAAUGAACUGGUUUUUGAAGAAUUGGGUAGUCGUGGGUUCGAAUAGCGGGAGGGAGAAAGGAGUUGAGUGUGUCUGAUUAUGGUGGCGUAGAGGAAGUGGAGAGCGAUGUUCUGCAGCGGAGAAGCAGAUAGUUUAGUGAUGGUAGAGCAGAGAACAUUGGCGGCGCAGCACCAGUACGUGAUGAAUCGAGCCUCAAAUGUCGGCGCUUCCGUCGGAGGCGGCGGCGGCGGCGGCGGAGGAGGAGGAGGAGAGUUGCAGGUGCCGGUUUCGAUCCCAGCGGCUGAGGUUUUCCGGGUGUAUUCCAACGGGAACAAUAACUGCGCCGCCACAUUGGGGGUUCUGCCCCCACAUGACAAUAAUUGCACAGGCCCUCAGAACCCUUGUCCAAACCCUCAGAACCCUAUUUCGAAUUUGCAAAACCCUCAUUUUAAUCGUCAGAACGAUUGCUUUAAUCCGGAAAGCCCUCAGUCUAACCCUUGUGGAAAUUCUCAAAACCCUUGUUCAAACCCUGCAGAGACCGUAAAGGUGGAGAGAGUUUUUUUGUACAAGGAAUGCCAGAGGAAUCAUGCUGUUAAUAUAGGCGGCCAUGCCCUGGAUGGCUGUGGAGAGUUCAUGGCUAGCGAUGAAGAUGCAUUCAAAUGCGCUGCCUGCAAUUGCCACCGUAAUUUCCACCGCCGUGAAGUGGAGGGCGAAGAAUCUGAACGCCCUUGCCGCUUUUGCAAAGAAACUAACAAGUCUCCAGGGACAGGGAUGGGGUCUUAUUACCCUCCUCUUCCAGUUCUUCCCCAUACUUCCUCUUCGGCCCAUAUGCUCAUGGGUUUCAGCCCUGGACUUGGUGAAUCUGAUGACCUUGAUACCCCCAAUAACAACAAAAAUCCUAGUAACUAUCAUCACAGAGGCAUGAAGAAGAGGUUCAGGACCAAGUUUUCGCAGAAUCAGAAGGAGAAGAUGUACUUGUUUGCGGAUAAGAUUGGUUGGAGAAUGCAGAAGCAGGAUGAGGCUUCUGUGCAGCAAUUUUGUAAUGAGAUUGGUGUUGGGAAGGGGGUUUUGAAGGUAUGGAUGCAUAACAACAAGCAUACUCUUGGUAAGAAGCAUUGACACAGAACAAAUUCCGUGUAUUUAAAUUGUUUAAGGGUUCGAUCCUUCUGGUUUCCAGGAUUCCAGCAUUCUUUUGGGGGCUUUUGUUUUCUUUCUAGUUCAUUUCUUCUCCCUUUGUGUUUAUAAAUUGAAGUGCCUUUCUUAGCUAGCACAAGGGGCGUUUUCUGGCACAUUAUGCCUCUUGAAUUGUAUUGAAAAUAUUGAACUCAGGAUAAUUGUAAAGUAAAUUCAUUGUUUUUCUUCUUUAGGGAGUUGCUUCUGCUGUAUUCAGUAGGGUUGUCUUUGUGUGGCCUUGAUCAUUUGAUUGGCCGCAGAUCACCCUCUUCAUUUUUGAGUUGUAAUGCUGGAAUGAACCAGUGGGUAUACAAAUAUAUUAAUCCAUCUUUAAAUAAGUUUACUUUGUA